GAGUCCAUUAUAACGAGGGGAGAGGAGUGAGAGGAGUGAGGGGAGAGCGCCCCGCCCACACACCACAAAUCCUCUCCCACUAUUGGCCACGGAAGUCACAACCCCGCCCAGGCAGUAGCGCGGAAGAUGCCAGUUAAUGCCGACCCGCCGCGCCGCCCUUGCCCUCCUCCCAGCAUGCCCCCUGUGGCGCCCCUCCUGCAGCUACCGCGCCCCUCAGCUUCCUCGGCCUCAGGGAAGCCCUCAGGGACGCCGUGGAGGGACCUUGACGCCGCCAAGCCAGAAAGAAAUUAAGUAAAUGACGAAAAAAAUCCACCGCUUCAGGAUUUGCACAACUCCAUUCCUUCUCCUCGCCGCUCCGCUCUCCCGGCGCUCACUGCUCCCUCGCCCUCUCUCCCUUCCUCCCUCCCCCCUGGAAAAAAGCGGCGAAGUGGGCGGAAAAUUCUGGCAACCGGAGCAAACUUUAGGCAACCAUGAUGGCAGCUCUUGAUAUGCCCCCACAUGGCGGAAACGCCCGCACUCCCCCGCCCGCGUCCACAAGCACAGCAGCCCCGGUCCUCCUCACGAGCCACAUCCGCACCGGUUAUACGCCCCUGCCGCCCAAGGGAGGGGGGGAAAAAGAGGAGGAAGGAGACGGAGGAAGAUAGAGAUAGAGAGAAAGAGAGAGAGAGUGUGUGUGUGAGAGAGAGCGAGAGAACGGAGCUAAGGAAGGCGGUCGCUCGCUCCCUCAUUUGCUUCCUCACUCACCGUCUUGUUUCUCGCUCCGACCUGCCGCCGUCGCCGCCCCCGCCGCCGCCGCCGCCGUGAUAUCCUUGGGACUUCCGCCGUGGUGACUUUAUCUCAAGUGUUUUUCUGGCGUGUCGUUGACCUCCUGCUGUGACCCUUGCUGUGUGCUCAAGUGAUCAGACACACGUACGCACGAACGCUCACGCACACCAAUGCACGUACAGACCCGCACACUCACGCACGUGCAUCCAAUCAUGACCGUGUGCUGAUGCCCCGCAGAGUGACCAGCCCCGUGAUCUCACCUGACCCCGCAUGAUCUCAGCGAGACCACUGAGCCAGUUAGACCAGACCAAGAUGACCCUCAGACCAGCGUGAGGUGACCCAGUCUGACCCAACACGUCGCCGUCACCGCCUGACUAACUUGUGACUUGGCGCUGUCCACAUGACCUGAAUCGACGUACUGUGACCUGACCGCGCCGCGACCCGAGAGACUAGUGGUGGGGAGCGGUCGUGCCCCCGGCUGACGCCCCUCGCCCCUGUGGCCGCCCGCAUCUCGUCUCCAUGACAAUGCUGGACCUCAAAAGUUCCACGCCAGACUACCUGCCCAGGACAGGGCCGCUGUCCAACUUCUCGAUGCUCUUCACGGGUAAUUAUAUAGACCCUAGCUACAAGUCUGCCUGGGGGUCUCCUGCCUCCCCGGCCUCCCAGACACAAGGAUACCCCCACAACAGUCUGGGAAUGACUAAGUCCUCCCUGGAUGCCCACAGUCCGCACCUUCGCCAGCCAGAUCCCUAUCAGAUGUUUGGACCAACCAGCAGCAGGCUCGCCUCCUCAGGAUCGGGACAGAUCCAGCUGUGGCAGUUUCUCCUGGAGCUUCUCUCAGACUCGUCCAACGCCAACUGCAUCACGUGGGAAGGCACCAACGGAGAGUUUAAACUGACAGACCCUGACGAGGUGGCGCGCCGCUGGGGGGAGAGAAAGUCCAAGCCCAACAUGAAUUACGACAAGCUAUCCAGAGCACUGAGAUAUUACUACGACAAGAACAUCAUGACGAAGGUUCAUGGCAAAAGAUACGCCUACAAGUUCGAUUUCCAGGGUCUAGCCGCCGCCACGCAGCCCGCAGGCACUGACCCCACCGCGUACAAGUACCAGAGUGACUUGUUCAUGUCCUCCUACCACCCAACCACCAAACUUAACUUCAUGAGCACUCACACGGGCAUCCCAUCCUCCGCAGCCAGCAUCUUCCAGUCGCCCACCUCGUACUGGACCAACCCCAGUGCCAACCUUUACUCGAACAUCGCCGCCGCCUCGGGCCACACCAUGACGCACCACCCCUCCCACAUGACGUCACACAUCUCCUCCGCCUACCCGCACUACGCAUGACAGUCUCUCUUCUCCAAUUGGUGCACCCAGCCGUCGCGCGAGGCCGUCUCCCUCCCUGAUUGGUCCUCCACCUUCCAACAAGUGUCCAGUCUCGAGGAGCAGCAGUAGUAGCGCGUGGGCCGAGGCUGAUCUCUCCCUACAAGGCCAAGAUACUGAAUUACCACGGCUACUACUUACUGUCUGACUCGAGUCUCGGUUCUUGUACUGACUCACCCAUUCACUCAGUCUCUCUCUCCCUCACUCACUCUCUAACUCACUCACUCACUCACUCACUUCCUUCCUCUUUGAGUAUUACUGUAAAAGGUUGUAUAUGUAUAUGUACGUACGUUAU